AUGGGCAAACUCAAAGCCUUCCUUCUUGCCUUCAUCGCCACUCUUCCUCUUCUGCAUUUGGUGCAUGCCCAAACCCAACAAGGCUUCAUCAGUAUUGAUUGUGGCUCCAAUUCUAGCUAUACUGAGCCAGCUACGGGUAUCAAUUAUGUCUCUGAUUCUAAUUACGUGGAAACCGGUUUGGCCAUAACUUUACCAUCAAGUAGCCAUUCCGAAACUCUCCUACAACAGCUACGGAGCCUUAGAAGCUUUCCCAAUGGAACAAGGAACUGCUAUAACAUUCAAGUCAAACUGGGCAUCAAGUAUUUGAUUCGAGCAAGUUUCUUCUAUGCCAAUUAUGAUGCCCAAAACAACAUUCCAGAAUUCGAUCUAUAUUUUGGACCUGAUUUCUGGGUCACCGUGAAUUUAGGAGACAACAUAAAAACUAUCAUCAAUAACGAAAUCAUUCAUAUCACAACCUCAAACCAGGUGCAGAUUUGCCUUGUCAACAGUGGAAAUGGGGUUCCUUUUGUUUCAGCGUUGGAGCUAAGGCCAUUGCCAAACACCACUUAUGUAACUACAACUGGCUCAUUAUCAACCUUCUUGCGCUUGGACACUGGCUCUCCAAACGAUUAUCUCAUCCGAUUUCCAGACGACAUAUAUGAUCGUGUUUGGAGUCCACCAGCUCCACUCCUCAAAUGGACUCCUAUAAAUACUUCACUCCCCAUUGCCAACAAAGAUUCAUUUGGUUUCAUGGCACCCUCUAAGGUGUUGAGCACGGCCUCCACAGUAAUAAAUGCAAGUGCACCCAUGGAGAUUUUUUGGGACGAUGAUAAUGGGCCUAACCUAUACUAUGUAUACAUGUAUUUUGCUGAACUUCAGCUGCUCAAGCCCAACCAAUCCAGAUUAUUCAAACUCUAUCUAAAUGAUGAUCUUUUGAUAAAGGAUGAUAUUGUGGUUGCUUAUCUAUCAGAAAAUGUGGUUCGUACUAUAAUUCCCUCGAGUUUUCGUGAUUAUAAAUUGAUCAUGUCCGAAGGGUCAACUCUUCCGCCCAUUCUGAACGCAAUUGAGAUAUACAAAGUGAUGAACUUCACACAACUCACAACAGAACAAGCUGAUGUUGAUGCCAUUGAAUCCAUUAAGCAUAAUUAUGGGGUUACUAAAAACUGGCAAGGGGAUCCAUGUGCUCCUACAACAUUUGUCUGGCAAGGACUCAACUGCAGUCAUGAUGCUUCAAACCCUCCAAGAAUCACACGGCUAGAUUUAUCGUCGAGUGGAUUGAGUGGAGAGAUUUUAGGCAACAUAGCAAGUCUAGCAAAGCUAGAGGUUUUGGAUUUGUCAAAUAAUAGCCUUAGUGGAAUGGUGCCUGAUUUUCUUGCUAAAAUGCCAAUGUUGACUGUCCUAAACUUAUCAGGAAACAACCUGUCUGGACAGAUUCCUGCCGCUCUUAUUGACAAAACAAAUGAAGGGUCUCUUUCAUUAAGUACGGAGGGAAAUCCGAAUCUACAAGGAACAACACCAAGUGAAGAGAAGAAGAAUAACAUAGUAGUUCCAAUAGCAGCAGCAAUUGGUGGAGCUAUCAUCAUUUUACUCUUGAUUUUAGCUUCUGUUUACUUCAUUCGACGCAAACGAAGUAAUUCUAAAGCCCCAAUCAUCGUGGACCCCCAUUCACCAAUGAAUUCUGAACUUCAGCCUCGUCCACAUGAGCCAUUACACACACCAAGUCGCCAACUUUCCUACUCGGACAUCUUAAAAAUGACCAAUAAUUUCAGUAGACUAUUGGGUGAAGGUGGGUUUGGAAAGGUAUAUUAUGGUGUCAUGGGUAACACUGAAGUGGCAGUCAAGAUGCUGUCUCCAAAAUCAGCUCAAGGGUAUCGAGAAUUUCAGGCAGAGGUCGAUCUACUGUUGAGAGUUCAUCACAGAAACUUAACUGGCCUGGUUGGAUAUUGCAAUGAAGGGGAAACAAAAAUGGGGCUUGUCUAUGAAUACAUGGCCAAAGGAAACCUAGGAUCAGUGCUUUCUGAUGGAAGAGUUGUUUUAAGGUGGGAAGAAAGGCUUCAAAUAGCAUUGGAUUCAGCACAAGGAUUGGAGUAUCUACACAAUGGUUGUAGGCCUCCAAUUAUCCAUAGAGAUAUCAAACCAAGUAACAUUUUAUUGAACGAGUAUUUACAAGCCAAACUUGCUGAUUUUGGCCUCUCAAGAGCUUUUCCAAUGGAGGGAGGUGCCACUCAUGUGACAACUAAGGUUGUCGGAACUCCUGGCUAUCUUGAUCCAGAGUAUUAUACAUCAUACAAAUUGACUGAGAAGAGCGAUGUUUAUAGCUUUGGAAUUGUUAUUCUAGAGCUCAUCACGGGAAGACCUGUACUAGUGAAAAUUAGUGAGAAAAGUCAUAUUAUCCAGUGGGUUGAUUCCAACAUUACCCAAGGCGACAUCUACUCUAUAAUUGAUUUCAACAUAAAAGAAGAUUGCUGUACUAACUCAGUGUGGAAAGCAGUAGACAUAGGAAUGUCUUGCACCGCUCGUAAUCCUAUAAAUAGGCCAACAAUGAGCCAGGUUGUAAAUGAACUCAAGGAAUGCCUAAGCCUUGAGUUAAACCAGAGAGACCAUCAAACUGAUUCUGCUACAACGAUCUCUUCAACCAUCCAUUCGGAGAUGGGUCCUGUAGCAAGAUAGUUCAUUUUGUAUUAGAUAAGUCUUCAAAAUUGUUGUCUU